GACUGCCUUCCCUGCUUUUGCUUGGCUGCCUCUUCCUGACCUCUUUGUCUUUUGUCGUCUCUGAUUUCGGACUUUAUUUAAAAGCCUGUUUGCCUACCUGUUUUUGACCAGUUUCCAUUAUCUUCUCUGCGUUUGGGUUUUCAGCUUGAUCUCUGUUAGCUUGCCUGGUUUUUACUCCUGCUUCCCGGAUUUGACUACAGCUGUAGUCUGUAGCAUUAAAGACAUCUUGCUUUCAAGAUCAGAAAGUUGCUGUAAGUAGUGGUGAGGUUCUGGGGCUGCUCCAUGCGACUGGGAAGAUGAAAACCCUCCAGACUCUCUUUCUGUUAACGACUAGCCUGUCCAUCGUAAUGAUGGACCCGGACUACAGGGCGCUGUGGCAGUUCAGACGUAUGAUCAUCUGCAUGAUUCCCAGCAGCAGGCCUCUGCUGGACUACACAGACUACGGCUGUUACUGUGGAAAGGGAGGCACUGGGACACCCGUGGAUGACCUGGACAGGUGUUGCCAGACCCAUGAUGACUGCUACUCCCAAGCCAAGCGCCUUGGGGGCUGUCUGUCCAUUCUGGACAACCCGUAUACCGAGAGCUACUCGUACAGCUGUGACAACACAAACAAGAUCAUCACUUGCACAGGGAAGAAUAAUGCCUGCGAGAUGUUUAUUUGUGAAUGCGACAAGCAUGCAGCCAUGUGCUUUGCUGGGGCGGGCUACAACAAGGAGCACCAGAACAUGAACCAAGAGCUCUGCAAGUGAGCCGAGCAGCAGCCACUGAGUGAAAUGGGUUAGACGGUGUACAGUGAAAUUACACAAAUAUAUGGAUAUUUUUUCCAACUCUGUUAAUUUUGAUGUCUUUUAUAAUAAACUAGAUCUGCUGUACUGACGUUACUGGGAGGCGUUUCCCAAGAACCCCCCCUUUUUGUUUCCUUUGCCCCCCCUUCUGAUUCUCUCCUGUAGACACAGACGAUGCCACUGAUCCUUCUUUUCCAUUUGACCCAAGGUUGCUAUUGCCGAUACCAAUAUUCAGUGCUGCCCCAACCUGAAGAUAAAACUCGUUGUGGGACGCGGGAGGUGCUGAUGGUAACGUUUUUUUUGCCAAACUGCUUUCCUGGUGGGCAGCCCUACCUUGUAGUACCUCGUAUUCUACUCUCUAUAAUAUAAAAAUGCAUUAUUAGGUAAAGAUCUGACACUUAUAUGUUAGCAUGACUCUCAAGUUGAAAACAUUCAGACUGAAAGCAUCGAUAAUUCAGUAUCGUUCCACACAUCCCUACUUGCCUGUUGUCAUUUGCAUUUGAUGAGGUAAGAAAUAC